AUGAUCUCGAGUGAGCAAGAAGAGGAGUUGGAAUCGCUCCCGUUCAUAUAUUCUGAGGAGGAACUAAUUGUAUUAAGCAAGGACCCUGUGCAUAUUCAAAUUCGUGUAUCAUCGACCAUGAAAAAUGGAGGGUCUCCAUUAAAAGCACUUCUAGAUCUAAAUUGGGGAGAAAAUUAUCCAAAUGAGAAACCUGAGAUGAGCAUCAUAUCAAUAGAUAUAAAGGCAGACGAGAAGGAGUAUUUACUUAAUCAACUCAUCGAAGUCUGUGAGCAAUAUAUGGGAAUGGCAAUGACAUUCAUACUUUCGUCUACGCUUACCCAAUUACUGACUGAUCACCACGAAAACUGGCUGAAUCGGCUACAGUCUGCUACCUCCGCGGAAAAUGUGAUGGAAGAUGCAGGUGCCUCAACUCCGAAGGAAGAGGAUAGAAAGGGAACGAAACCCGAAAAACCCCAACAAAAGACCAAAGCGCAGAAGAAACAUGAAGAAAACAACUGGACACGGCCAGGAGAGUUGCCUCGAGGUUAUAAUUGGGUAGAUGUGGUGAAUCAUCUCCGAAAAACAUAG